AUGACAGGUGUGCUUGAAAGAUCAGAGGAAGUACCCCUACGCGUGAUUGUCGACGAGCUUAAAUUUUAUUCCCUCGAAGCAGAUGUCAUCAACGACUUUCUCAUGUCCGAAUGUAUCCUCGCCAAGGAUCCAAUGAGCAACAUUCAGUCACGGACAAAAUUUAAACGGAUUCUUUCCGAGCUCAUCUGCCUCCAGAAACUCGACGAGGAUGACGACCCCUUCUCAAAAUGGAAGAAUUUCCGGAAAAUAUUCGUCCGCUACUUGAGCAUUUUCAUCGUUGCGAUCGCGACCAUUGGGUUUAUCGUCGAUUCUGGCUACUUGGAAGCAGAAAAUAGAUCGGAAGGACUCGAUAAGAACCUGAAAAGACUAGAAUUUCUCUUUGGCAUUUGGUUUUCAAUGCAGCUCUUUGGCGAGUUUGUCAUCACGCCAAAAUUUGAAACAUUCGACAAGCUCAUGUUUCUCAUCAACAUCAUUUCGCUACAAGCAAGCAUACAGUACCUCGUCAUCAACACGUGGUUCAGUGGAAAUGAGAAUCGACUAUUUUUGCGAGUGAUCAACUUUUUGCGUUCUUUCCGAGUCCUGCUUUUGGAGCGCUUUUGUAGAAACUUGCGACACUUGCUCAUUUCUAUUUACGACACGCGGACAAUGAUAGGACACGUGAUAAUUAUCAAUUUAUUUACGUCCAGUAUAAUCGGCACAUUUGUUUAUUCCUUCGAAACAAAGGAAGAAUUCAACAGUAUUCCUCAAUCAAUCCAAUUUGUCAUCUCUACAAUGGCGACAAUUGGCUACGGAGUCCCAGAAGUUCCGGAAACUCUUCCGGGAAAACUAUGCAGCGUCGUUGCAGUUAUUUUCGGCAUCAUUUGCGUGUCCCUUCCGAUUCCAAUUAUAGCGACAACUUGGCAGCGCAAGUACAUAACGGACAUGAAGGAGUUUUGUGGUCCUAUUGGGAAAAUGUAUACCCCAGCCGAUUUGCGGGAAUCAUCGAUGCCAGAUGCUUCAUAUCUUCAAAAUUAUGUUCGCGAGAUCGUGCAGCAGCGGGGCUGGACGGGCGCCGAAUCCGCUGCUAAUGACGAUUUGACCAGGCUCAACAAUCUUCUUUCACUCGUCGAUGGGAUUCUGCUCAACGUAUUUCCUGAUGGAUCGAUUCAUUCUAUUUAUGGUUUCUUCUUUUGCUCCAAAUUAAAGGUUGAUGACAGCGUUUUAGGUCCGAUGGAGACGUUUAUUGAUGCGACGGGCAUCAGCGAAGACGAGCUGAAGCGAUUGAAGCUGAUUAUCAACACAACCCUCAGGAUCGUCAUCAACAAGAGAUCGCAUCAAGCAAAGAAAGAAUACGUGACGCUAGAAGAAGCGACGAAGAGCGCGAGUAAUUCUAGCGCCGAAUCGAACCAGUUCCUGAUGGAGUUCAACCACCGCAUCUCAAUCCCAAAUGAAGUGCUCCGAAUCGCCACCCGUUCACUGCCAAAGAAACAACAAAUGAAAUCAAACGGCGGCGGCAAAAGCAGCUCGAAAAACAACCAAAAUUCACCGGCGAAGAAUUCUCAAGCUGGCAGUUCGGUCGUAAAAGGAACGCCCAACUCGAGGCCGAAGAGAAAUUCGCCCAGGAAUACGAAAGGAACAGUCAUUUACAGGCUACUGAGCGAUGACAACUUUUCCAACUCGUUCUAUACAGAGGUACAGUAG